AGGAACCCCUUUACUUUUCUCGCUCAAAUUUGAGUACAUAUCUCUGAGAAAUUGAUUGCUGGAUCUACGUUCUCUCGAUCUGCCAAGUUAUGCUCCAGCCAUGAUCCUCUGCCUUAUCACCUAGAUGCUGGAAAAUUUGUAUGUAGCUUAUCUUCUAGAUAAAGAAUAUUCAACAACCAUGGGGCGUCUAAAGCUGCAAUCUGGAAUUAAGGCUAUUGAAGAAGAACCUGAGGAUUGUGAUGCUGUUAAUUCUAACAAAACUACUUUAGCUUGCAUGAUAAAUUCAGAAAUAGGUGCUGUAUUAGCUGUCAUGCGGAGAAAUGUAAGAUGGGGAGGCCGUUACAUUUCUGGUGAUGAUCAACUAGAACACUCCUUGAUUCAGUCUUUGAAGGCACUGCGGAGGCAAAUCUUUUUGUGGCAACACCAGUGGCACACUAUCAACCCUGCUUUGUAUAUCCAGCCUUUCCUGGAUGUGAUUCUAUCAGCUGAAACUGGUGCACCAAUUACUGGUGUUGCUUUGUCAUCUGUAUAUAAGAUUUUAACCCUUGAUGUGAUUGAUCAAAAUACUGUUAACGUUGAGGACGCCAUGCAUUUGGUAGUUGAUGCUGUGACUAGCUGCCGAUUUGAGGUCACUGAUCCUGCAUCUGAAGAAGUGGUGCUUAUGAAGAUACUUCAGGUUCUUUUGGCUUGUAUGAAAAGUAAAGCAUCAGUUAUGUUGAGUAAUCAACAUGUUUGCACAAUAGUGAACACUUGCUUCCGUAUAGUUCACCAAGCAGGAACAAAAGGGGAGUUGUUACAGCGGAUAGCUCGACACACUAUGCAUGAACUUGUAAGGUGUAUUUUCUCACACCUUCCAAAUGUUGACAACACAGAAUGUGCAUUGGUUAAUAGAACCAAUACCGUUACACAAGAGAUUGGUGGGGUAGAUCGUGAUUACACAUUCGUGGGUAAACACACAGAGAAUGGAAAUGGUAAUUAUGAGUAUGAUGAUCAAGCAUCCUCAACAAAUUUUGCUUCUAAUGCUUCUGCAGGUACUGUAGCAACUGUAAUGGAAGAAAGUAUAAUAGGGGCUGGUAAUGGAAAGGAGGCUGUUGAGCAUCUCAUGACAGAGCCAUAUGGGGUUCCAUCCAUGGUGGAGAUAUUUCAUUUCCUGUGUUCCUUGUUAAAUGCUGUUGAGCAUGUGGGGAUGGGUCUUCGAUCAAAUACUAUAGCAUUUGAUGAAGAUGUGCCUCUUUUUGGCUUGGGCCUAAUUAAUUCUGCAAUUGAGUUAGGUGGCUCUUCCUUUCGUGAUCAUCCAAGAUUGUUGAAUUUGAUUCAGGAUGAAUUGUUUCAUAAUCUGAUGCAACUUGGCUUGUCAAUGAGUCCACUUAUUCUUUCAAUGGUGUGUAGCAUUGUUCUCAAUCUGUAUCACCAUUUGCGGACAGAGCUUAAAUUACAGCUAGAGGCUUUUUUCUCCUGUGUCAUUUUGAGGCUUGCACAAGGCAGAUAUGGGGCCUCAUACCAGCAGCAGGAGGUGGCCAUGGAAGCUCUUGUUGACUUCUGCAGGCAGAAAACCUUCAUGGUGGAAAUGUAUGCUAAUUUAGACUGUGAUAUAACUUGCAGUAAUGUAUUUGAAGACCUUGCUAAUUUGUUGUCAAAGAGUGCAUUCCCAGUGAACUGUCCUCUGUCUGCGAUGCACAUUCUUGCUUUGGAUGGACUGAUUGCUGUUAUCCAAGGUAUGGCCGAGAGAAUUGGCAAUGGAUCAGUUAGUUCAGAGCUGGUUCCAGUAAGUCUUGAGGAGUAUACACCAUUCUGGAUGGUGAAGUGUGAUAACUACAGUGAUCCUUGUCAUUGGGUUCCAUUUGUCCGCCGGAGGAAGUACAUCAAGAGAAGGUUGAUGAUUGGAGCUGAUCACUUUAAUCGUGACCCCAAGAAAGGAUUGGAGUUUCUCCAAGGCACACAUCUUUUGCCAGAUAAACUUGACCCUCAAAGUGUUGCAUGCUUUUUCAGGUAUACUGCUGGAUUAGAUAAGAAUCUUGUUGGGGAUUUCCUGGGAAAUCAUGAUGAAUUCUGUGUUCAGGUUCUUCAUGAAUUUGCUGGAACUUUUGAUUUCCAAGAGAUGAAUCUGGAUACUGCUCUGCGAUUAUUCUUGGAAACAUUUCGCUUGCCUGGAGAGUCACAAAAGAUACAAAGAGUACUUGAGGCUUUCUCUGAGAGGUACUAUGAGCAAUCGCCACAGAUUCUAGCAAAUAAGGAUGCUGCUCUCUUGUUGUCCUAUUCACUUAUAAUGCUCAACACAGAUCAGCACAAUGUACAGGUGAAGAAAAAGAUGACGGAAGGAGACUUCAUCCGGAAUAAUAGGCAUAUUAAUGGAGGCAAUGAUCUACCACAAGAAUUUCUGUCAGAGCUGUACCAUUCAAUAUGCAAGAAUGAGAUCCGCACAACACCUGAACAAGGCUUUGGGUUCCCUGAGAUGACUCCAAGCCGUUGGAUUGAUCUAAUGCACAAGUCCAAGAAAACAGCACCAUUUAUUGUAGCCAAUUCCAGAGCUCACCUUGACCAUGAUAUGUUUGCUACAAUGUCAGGUCCAACAAUUGCUGCUAUCUCUGUUGUAUUUGAUCAUGCAGAACAUGAAGAUGUUUACCAGACAUGUAUUGAUGGAUUCUUGGCUGUUGCAAAAAUUUCAGCAUGCCAUCAUCUUGAAGAUGUCCUAGAUGACCUAGUUGUGUCUCUUUGCAAGUUCACAACUCUUUUAAAUGCAUCAUCAGUCGAGGAACCUGUGUUAGUUUUUGGUGAUGACACCAAAGCCAGAAUGGCAACGGUGACUGUUUUUACCAUUGCAAAUAGGUAUGGUGAUUACAUUCGCACAGGUUGGAGAAAUAUAUUAGAUUGCAUCUUAAGAUUACACAAGCUUGGACUUCUACCAGCUCGUGUGGCCAGUGAUGCAGCUGAUGAAUCAGAGGUCGCUGCUGACCCUGGUCAUGGAAAACCCGUUGCAAAUUCUUUGUCUUCAGCUCACAUACAAUCAAUGGGAACUCCAAGGAGGUCCUCUGGGUUAAUGGGCCGGUUUAGUCAGCUCUUAUCUCUGGACACAGAGGAGCCAAGAUUGCAACCUACUGAACAACAACUUGCUGCCCAUCAACGCACACUUCAGACCAUUCAAAAUUGCCAUAUUGACAGCAUAUUUACUGAGAGUAAGUUUUUACAAGCUGAAUCAUUGUUGCAGCUGGCUCGGGCACUUAUUUGGGCUGCAGGGCGACCCCAGAAAGGGAGUAGCUCUCCAGAGGAUGAAGAUACUGCAGUUUUCUGUCUGGAGUUGCUCAUUGCGAUUACCCUAAACAACCGAGAUAGAAUUGUCCUUCUGUGGCAGGGUGUUUAUGAGCACAUAGCUAAUAUUGUUCAAUCAACUGUGAUGCCUUGUGCCUUGGUAGAGAAGGCUGUUUUUGGACUUCUUCGAAUCUGCCAGCGGCUGCUUCCUUACAAAGAAAACCUGGCUGAUGAACUUUUGAGGUCACUACAACUUGUCUUGAAGCUUGAUGCCCGUGUAGCUGAUGCAUACUGUGAGCAAAUUACGCAAGAAGUUAGUCGCCUGGUGAAAGCUAAUGCUAAUCAUAUCAGAUCCCAGAUGGGGUGGCGCACAAUUACAUCUUUACUAUCCAUCACAGCUCGGCAUCCUGAAGCUUCUGAAGCAGGAUUUGAUGCACUGUCGUUCAUUAUGUCUGAGGGAGCACAUUUGCUGCCAGCCAACUAUGUUCUAUGUGUGGAUGCUGCAAGGCAGUUUGCUGAGGCUCGUGUUGGCCAGGCAGAGCGGUCUGUGCGUGCUCUGGAUCUUAUGGCUGGUUCUGUUGAUUGUCUGACAAGGUGGGCAAAUGAGGCUAAGGAAGAAAUGGAGGAGGAUGAUGCUUCAAAAAUGCUUCAGGAUAUAGGAGACAUGUGGUUAAGGCUUGUGCAAGGAUUAAGAAAAGUCUGCUUGGAACAGAGAGAAGAGGUCAGAAACCAUGCUCUUCAGUCAUUGCAGAAAUGCUUGACGGGAGGCAAUGGGAUCCAGCUUUCCCAUGGCAUUUGGUUACAGUGUUUUGAUGUUGUAAUCUUCACAAUGCUUGAUGACUUGCUUGAAAUUGCUCUUGGACAAUCUCAAAAAGACUACCGAAACAUGGAAGGCACACUUAUUAUUGCCAUGAAGCUUCUUUCAAAAGUAUUUUUGCAGUUAGUCCAUGAGCUUUCCCAGCUAUCAACAUUCUGCAAAAUGUGGCUUGGUGUGCUCAGCAGAAUGGAAAAAUAUAUGAAGGUAAAAGUGAGAGGAAAGAAAAGUGAGAAGCUUCAGGAAAUAGUGCUUGAGCUCCUAAAGAACACUUUGGUUGUGAUGAAAACCAAGGGAGUACUCGUACAAAGGAGUGCCCUAGGUGGAGAUAGCUUGUGGGAACUGACAUGGCUACAUGUAAAUAAUAUUGCUCCAUCUCUGCAAUCUGAGGUUUUCCCGGAUCAAGAUCCCAACCAGAUGGUGCUCAAGCAGGGUGAUACUAGUGUAAGUGUGGUAUCAGCAGAAAUAGCUUCUGCUGCUUCAAGUGAUACUGCUGCCUCAGAAGGUGCUGGUUCAGGAGGCUAACAUUUGUACAGUGAGCAACAUUGUGGUUUAUUAGGUCAUCAAAUCUUAUGUCACAAAGUUGGAAUUACUGGACACAGUCGCUAUUAAGACAUUGGACCAUUCUACGAUGCUGGUAAAGUUUUAGCAAGUCUACUAUUGGAAUUUUUUUCGAAGUAUGGAAGGUAGAUCAAAUAGGUUGUUCAGUCUAUGAUUAUCUAGAAUGUAUUCUGUGUGUUAAAAUUAGCGUUCCUUGAAGUUUGUAUAGGGUUUUUGGGCAAAGGGAAAGGACUCGACCUGGCAGUUUUGUUUGCUUUAAGUGAUACGGAAGCUACCCAUAAAUUUGUACUGCCUUGAAAAUUGCCAUGGAUGUUCAGAACAACACGGUUAGAUCCUUUUCUACUCGUAAAGAAUUGAUUUUAUAUCGACAUAAAUCAAGUGCUCAUUC